AUGAAAAUCAUCGACAGGAAAAAGAAUAUAUUCAAGUUGUCUCAAGGGGAAUAUAUUGCAGUGGAAAGCAUAGAAAGCGCUUAUUCGCAAUGCCCUACAGUGACUUCGAUUUGGGUCUAUGGGAACAGUUUUGAGUCCUUUCUUCUUGUUGUGGUGAUCCCUGAAAGAAAGGCACUUGAAGAGUGGGCGGGAAAAAAUCAUCAGACUGGAGAUUUCAAAUCCUUGUGCGAAAACUUUAAGGCAAGGAAAUACAUUUUAGAUGAACUCAAUAGCACUGACCAGAAACAUCAACUCCGAGGUUUUGAAAUGUUAAAAGCAGUUCACUUGGAGCCAACUCCUUUUGACAUCGAGAGGAACUUUAUAACGCCAAUAUUCAAAUUUAAAAGGCCACAGCUGCUUAAGUACUAUAAGGACUGCAUUGAUCGACUGUACAAUGAAGCAAAGGGGUCAAAGGUGUGA